GUCACUGUAAACAUCGCUCCCUCACCCUCCCGUUUCCCCUACUCCUCUCCCUCCCCUUCUCCUUCUCCAUCCUCCACCUCAUAUCCCUACACCAGCCCCUCUCCCUCUCCUCUGACUGUGUGUCUGCGUUACAUGGCCGAGGAGGGAGAAGAAUUGACUUUCUUCAGCCUCACUCAGGGGAACAACUGGAACCUUUUACUGAAAAGGUAUAAUUGGGGGACGCACCACCUCUCCAUCGAUUCCUCCCAGGACUUUAGCUCCUAUAAGCUGUUCAGGGCUGUCAGAGAGGCACACCCCUGGACCAGCCUGUGUGUUACCUGGGAGAAAAAGACAGGCAUGGCCCAGGUGUGGAGAGGCGGGACAGUCAGCGUCAGGAAGAGGGUGUUUGGCCGGGUGACCAAUGGGCCUCCUGUCUUGAAAGUGUUUACGUUUGAGGGGCAGGUAACUGACGUGGAAGUGUGGGACAGAGUCCUCUCCCCAAGCUGGAUACUGGCCUACAUGUCUGGGUGGCAGUCCUACUGGUCCUACACCCCUGGUAAUGUGCUGACCUAGUCCAAGGCCAUCUACUCCACCAAUGGUGAGGUUCACCUGGAGAGAAACCCCUACAACUCUGACCAUCAGCCUAUCAGUGGCCACGACCAGCGCCCAGGACCAAUUAAAAGGAAGACAAAGAGAAAGUUUGAAUGGAGGAAGAGUGAGAAUGCAGAGCAGAGACAGAGGGCAUGGCUGUAGGGGAGAGUAGUGAUUGCCACCAGUGGCGAUUUUAACAUGUGAAUCUUGGUGGGUCAAAAAAUAACAAAAGUGGGAUGCAUGCCAGCAAAUCCACAACACUAAACAAUACAUUAAUUGCGCUAUAACAGUGACAAACGGUGCCCACAAACGGCCUACAUAAGCGGAUCAGAGGCAAUCCGUAAUUUCGACGAAGACAAUAGCAAGCUAGGACAGAUGUAGUCAAUAUAACUAUUUGUUUAGAACUUUUGAAAUGUAGUAGCGACAGAAUUCAGAACAUGGGCCGUUCUUAGUGUUUUACCUGUACACCAAGUCAGAACCAUAGGAAAGAUAAAGGAGGCAUAUAAGCAGACAAUGAAAGCUCUUACAAUAUUCAAUGAUUACAUUUCUCUAAAACAGGUUAUAGACUACAUGAACACCACCAAGUCAGAACAGUAGGCGAAAUUAAGAGGUGUAAAUAGACCAAAUUAUUAGAGUGAGGUACAUGGGCUACUAACAGCUUACUACACAACAUACACUUAGUAUUACUUUCUUAGCUACAGUGUACAUAUCUCCCUGGUAUAUUACAUCAUUUAUGCAGCAGCAAAUACAUUUUUGGACUCACCUUGUU